AGGCUUGGAGGAGGGGCGUGAGCGCGCUGCAAAUCCGGCGGGAAGAGGCAAACAAGGAGUAGGGUGCGCGCGGUGGUGGUAUCUGUGUUCCCAGUCGCGUGCCCCAGGAACCGCUGUUGCGCGAGGAAGGCGGGACGCCCAGGUCGGUGCUAGGCCCAGACGAAUGCUCUAUCUCCACAGUCCACACUUGGGUCUCUCACCCUGCCCGCACUCUCUCUUGCCCCGGCUGCCGGCUGCGAGGCGGGCUGCGCGUGACUCCCAGGACCGUUUUUGAACAGUAGAGGUUACAAUUACUCCACUGAACAACCAGUUGCAAAUCCUGUCAUCAAAUCCUAUGCUUUUGUUCCAAAUGGUAAUAGAUGCAUAAUAUUUCUUUUAUUUAAAAGAAAUGAGUGUAACUAGUAUUGCAUUAAAAGUUGAAACGUGGCUUUUGGCAACAUGGCAUGUUAAAGUGCCUCUAAUGUGGCUGGAAGCUUGUAUUAACUGGAUCCAAGAAGAAAAUGAUAAUGUUAAUUUGAGUCAGGCACAAAUAAAUAAACAAGUGUUUGAGCAAUGGCUUCUUACUGACCUGAGAGAUUUGGAGCAUCCUCUUUUACCUGAGGGCAUCUUAGAAGUACCAAAAGGAGAACUGAAUGGAUUUUUUGCUCUGCAGAUUAAUUCAUUGGUUGAUGUAAGUCAGCCUGCAUAUUCCCAGAUAGAAAAGUUGAGAGGAAAGAAUACCACGAAUGACCUAAUUACAGCUGAAACACAAGUAACUCAAAAACCUUGGGAAGCAAAGCCUUCACGAAUGUUAAUGCUACAGCUAACUGAUGGAACUAUACAAAUCCAGGGAAUGGAAUACCAGUCUAUUCCAGCUCUUCAUAGUGAUCUUAGUCCAGGUACAAAAAUUUUGGUUUAUGGCAACAUUACUUUCCGUUUUGGUGUUCUAUUAUUGAAACCAGAAAAUGUGAAGGUGUUGGGAGGAGAAGUAGAUGCUCUUUUAGAGGAACAUGCCCAAGAAAAAGUACUUGCAAGAUUAAUUGGGGAAACUGAUCCUAUAGUUACGGUCAUACCAAAUAGUUCUAACCAAAGCAUCUCCAGAAUUACAGAUGUUGUAGAUCCUGCGUUAGGACCUUCUGAUGAAGAACUCUUAGCAAGUCUUGAAGAAAGUGAUGAGCUUGCUGCAAAUAAUGACACCCCCUUAGAAAAAAGAUGUUUCAGCACAGGUAGUUCCUUGAAUACUAUUCCCACAAGACAGUCAGGUGUUGAACAGGGACUUGUUAUUUCUCCAAGGCCAAAGAAGAAACCAGUGAAUCAAUCUAUGCUUUUCCCUGAUGGGGAAUUAGAUGACUUUUCAUUGGAGGAAGCCUUGCUUUUAGAAGAGACUGUCCAGAAAGAACAAAGGGAGACUAAAGAAUUGCAGCCAUUGGCUUUGAACAGAACCACAGAUGAAAGUGUAGAGAGAUUGUCACAUAAACCUGAUACUCCAAAUAAUAGUUCAUUGAUUUGCAAAAAUGGCAAUUAUAAAAAUAAUUGGAAUGAAAAAUACUUGUCUGAACAAAUGACUGAGGACAAAUCUUUUAGUUGUCUAUCCGCUAGAGACCAAAACAGUAGUGUUUUCUCAGUUCAUAAUGUACCCUUUCCCCAUGAUUUUAUAAGUAAAGAUAAGAACUUAGAGAUGCAUAAUAAAAUAAAACAAACUAUUAGCAGUUCAGAUGAAGAUUCCUUAAAUAAUAAAAUACUAAAUGGAGAGCUUGUCAAUUAUGUACCAAAAAGGAAUUCACAAAUUUCUAAUGAAAAUGAUCAGCAUUUACAAACUUGUUCUUUAAAAUCAUCAGGAAAUAGCACUAAUCUUUCUGUAGCCAUGGAUUUGUCUUCUCCACCCUUUGUGUAUUUGUCUGUGCUAAUGACCAGCAAACCAAAGGAAGUUACAACAGUGACAGUCAAAGCAUUUAUUGUAACUUUAACUGGAAAUCUCUCAAGUUCUGGUGGUUUUUGGCGUAUUACAGCAAAGAUUUCUGAUGGUAGUGCAUAUCUAGAUGUAGGCUUUGUAGAUGAAAUACUUACAAGUCUGAUAGGGUUUUCAGUACCAGAAAUGAAGCAGUUAAAAAAGGAUCCUUUUAAAUACCAAAAAUUCCUAGAAGGUCUGCAGAAAUGUCAAAGAGAUCUAAUAGACUUGUGCUGUCUAAUGACUAUUUCGUUUAAUCCCUCUUUGUCUAAAGCAAUGGUACUGGCAUUACAAGAUGUUAAUGUGGAACACCUUGACAACCUGAAGAAACGAUUGAAUAAAUAAUUUACUAAAAUAGUAUUAAAAAACAAUUCAGGAAAAUAUGGAAAUAAUUUAGAUAUAAAUUGGUCCUUUUAAUUUUGAAACUGAAAAGAAAAAGGAAGUUUCAUAACUUAUUUAAUUUAAAAAUGUCUAAUGUUUGUGUGUUCAGAUUUUUAAAUAAAAUUUUUUAUAAUAACUUCUGAGGAAUUCGGUGAUGAACUGUUAAUUGAGAAAUUUGUUUUACACUUGUCAUUUCACAUAAGGUGCUUGCUAAAGGAUUGUUUUUACUGAUGAGUAAUGUUGAAAGUUCACAAUUACAAAUGAUUGUAUUUCUAAUAGGUUGAGUAACCCAAAAUAUGUUUAUAUUAUUAUACUUAGGAAAAAAUGUAAAUCCAGUGGAUCAGAAUUUCAUGUUUUCAGCUGUAAAUUGCUUUGCUAUUUCUUAUUUAGCUGAUUGUAAAUAUUUAUCUGGUAUAUUUAAGGCAAAUAUUAUGUUAACUAGAUACUAUUUUAGAGAUUACAUUGAAUGGUUAAAAACCCUGUUUUCAAAGAUAAUUUAUGUUAAAUGGCAUAUUAAACCUCCAUUAUUAAGAUUCAGUAAGUACUCAUCUGUUUUGGAAUAAAAUAAGGUAUUUCUCCAUGUCUUCAGGUGUUAAUCCCAUUCUGAAAUAGCUGUACCUGUAAGCCUUCCUUUAGUUUUGUGGGAAGUGCUGUUUUUUUUUUUAAUGGGAGACUAUCACUGUUUCACUUUGCUGUUAAAAAGUCACAUUUGAAAGGUAAAGCUAUUUUUUAUUUUGUCUUUAAAUUUUAAGUUAAAAUAUCUUGAAUUUUAAAACAUUAAACAAAUACUGAAAUAAUAAAGUGAAGACAUUGUGUUUUUAGUUUAAAUAAUGUAAUAGGAAAAUACCUGGAAAUAAGAUAAAUACAUAUAUAAAAUAUGAUCUAGCUGUAGUAGAAAAGUCUUUUUAAAAUCUUUUGCUAUUUUUGUUUGAAGAAUGAUAAAGUUCAAGGCGCAACAUAGAUUUUGCUGACGUAUUCUAACAGUAACCUCCUAUAUACUUGCACAGCUCUUUUACUAUAAGAGAUCUAAAUGAGAUGACAUUCUUUUGUUAUCUAAAUGUUCUCCUGUACACUCUCUUUGAGUGGUGCUUAGAAGCUGGGAAUUAGACCUUUUAUUUUCUUCAUAUUCAGUCAUGAAAGACUGGAUGUAGUAUUUUGCCAUAUCAAUUCAUCCUUCUGCAUUAGUACUUUGAUUCUGUCUCUGGUCUUCCCUGUCCUGGAUUAUUUUAGUAAUUUUACUAAUCGGUGUGUGCCUUAUUUUGCCCUCAAACCUUUUCUCAUAAUUUUACCUAAAUAAUCUUUCUAGGAUAGAUUUGUUUUCUCAUUGUUAGCCUUCAAUAUCAACCUCCUCUUACUGCUUUAUUUCACAUGCAGGGUGAAGUCCAAAUUCUUCAUCUUCAUGUAAGGUCUUUUGUGAUCUGGCCCUUGCCUUCUUCAGCCUCAUCUUGUCCUAUUACUUUCCAUCUAGCUAAUCUGCCCCUAAAUCUUAGUCAUACCAAAUUAUUUGUAGUUCCCCAAACAUGUAGAAUAUAAAUAUACCUCAUGCUUUGAUACUCAAGCUCAUAGUGAUCACUCUCCCUCCCAAAUUCAUUCAUAUUUCCAACUCAGCUUAAGCCUUAGGUGCCCAUUGAUGUACUUCCUGCCCACUUUCAUGCCAUACUGUACAUUGUACAGACUAAUAUUUUACUGUACUUUUCUUUUACUGCUACAUUUUGGGCAAAAUAAUUCUUUGUUUUAGGAAGCUGUCCUGUGUAUUGCAGGAUGUUUAACAAUAUCCUUGACCCUCUGCCGAUUAGAUGCCAGUAGCAUCCUCCCAGUUGUGACAAAUAAAACUCUCUCCAGACAUAUCAAAAUAUUCCUUGGGAGACCAAAGUGCCCUUGAUUGAGAAUCUUUGCUGUAAUGGAAUAUAAGCUGCUUGAGGAUAUGGCUGAGUGAUUUACCUUUGUAACUCCAGUAAAGGUUUAUUGAUGUUACAAAUGAACAAUCAUAUUUGAUCAUCUUUAUUCCUUUGCUUAAUAUCUUUCAGUGAUCUCUCAUCAUUUGUUCCAAUAGCCUAGUAACUAAAGCCUGAAACCUGUAUACACAGCACCUUAAAGAGCUGCUAGCUACCCUCUUUAGUGAAAGAGUGGAAAUAUGUCCAAUAGCAAAGGAACACUGUAAGAAAAUGAGGCUGACUUGGCCUAGAUUCUUUUAGGGGGUAAAAGUUUUCCCUGAGACUUUGUAGCAGUAGACCUGCUCUUAUGUGGGUCUAAGCAGAUCUUAACUUACCUGCAUGAUUAUCUCCAACUGAGAAUUUAACAUGAGUGAUCCUAAGGGCACCUGGCAAAAACAAAAUGAAGGAAAAAAUGGGCUAGUCAGAUCAGCUUUCUUUUCUUGGGAAUGAAUCUGCUUUUUGAGAGUACAUGUUCUUUGUUCGUAUAUUCUGUAAAGAUUACCUAUAUUGGCCUCUGCUUGUGACUGGGUGGGUAAGUCUGCCCAAUUCUGGAGUUAACAGGCAUUAUGUGAAACACUCAUACAUAUGUAGACUUGCAAAAACAAUUCAAGGAGGAAAAAAGGAUUAAAAAUCAGUAGAUAAUUAGGAAUUUUAAGAACUAAAAGUAAAGAAUAUAGCAGAUAAGAAUUAUGUGAAUUAAGUGAAUGAAUUUAAAACCAAAUGAAACAGCAGAAGAAAUAGUGAAAUUAGUGGUCAGAAGAAAAAUAGAAUGUGUGGAGAGUCAAAAGGAUGGAAAGUACAGAAAAUGUAACAGAAGGGCUAGCAAUGUAACUGUAGUCCCAGAAAUAGAAGAAAUAGAGACUAUUUGGAGUUAAUGCUUAAGAAAUUUCUAAACUUUAUGAAAAUCAUCAAGCUACAGGUUUCAGAAGUCCCACAAACCUUAAGCAGAAUAUAUUUACAGAUAAUAAUUUAUACAAAUAUUACACAAAUACUACCAAUACCACUGAAAUCUAAAAAAAAUAUAUCUUACAGCAGUGAAAGAAGUAAGGUAUAUUUCAAAGAACCAGAAGAGUGUGGCAACUGACUAAAUAAAAACAGUGGGAUUCAGAAGACAAUAGAGUGGCAUCUUCAAUGUGAUGGAAAAUAAGUGUCAACCUAGAGUUCUGUAUAAAGAAAAGUCUUUACCAGUUAAGGUGUAGUAGGUUAAAUUAAGAAAUUUCACACAAAAAAUGAGAAAUUUUCCCCUUAAACUAUACAAAUACUAUGUUGUGUUUCAGCAAAGGAAAACAAUACCAUAUGGAAGCUUGGAGAUGCAAGAAGAAAUGAUGAACACCAAAAAGGGUAGAUAUGUGAGCCAAAUGAACAGUGAUUUAAAAAAUGUCUUGAAGGUGUGUGGUUUCUGGGAACCUUCCCUCUGAUUUUUUUUUCAUGUGCUGAUUAUCUCCAUGGCCGAUAAUAAAACUGUAGUUUCAGAGAAAAAUAAAGUUUGCUGUAGAAUU